AUGCGAGCGAUAAAGCGCGACUCCUCGCGAGACAAUCGGUGUUCAAACAUCAACGAAAUUCGUGUACUCGUUGACGAUAACAGGCAGGGUGGUGAUAGCCAAUAUGAACCAAGCAAGCAUGCAAGCGGACAAGCAAGCAAUCUGAACACUGCUUGUCGUCGACCCCUUCGUUACCCCAGUCCGUCUCCCCAGCCAGCUAGUCGGUUGGUCGGUUACAACAGCAACAACAACAACAACAGACGAACAGACAACAGAAACAACAGAUAUGCAUCCGAAGCCUAUCGUCUAGAGCAAGCGGAACAAGACAAACUCAUGGCCGUGUAUACGCCAAGGGAGAGGAAGACAGAAACAACGAACCAGGCCAGCUAUAGCGAGUACAAGAACGCCCCGGAGAAUCUGUGA